AACAAACAGAGAAAAGAAAAGAAGCUCUCAAAACAAUGCCUUCUUUUCUCUUCAUUUCCCUCCUACUUUCCUUCAUCCACUUCAGUUUUUCACUUCCUUCAAUCGGAGUCACUUACUCCACCACCACUACCACCGCAUCACCACCGCCGGAUAAGAUCUCUGCUACCAUCUCCACCCUCAAGAUCCCUAACGUCCGUCUCCCAGACGCUGACCCUUCUCUAAUCAAAGCCUUUGCAUUCACCAACACUUCCCUUUUCCUCUCAAUCCCAAACCCUCUUCUCCCCGCCGUCGCCGCUAACCGUUCCCUUGCUCUCCGUUGGCUUUACCGUCACAUCCUCCCUUUUUACCCUCGAUCCAAAAUCACCCUCAUUUCCGUCGGAAACGCCGUCCUUGAUUCCGUCGCGGAACAAGAUUUCACCCCUUAUUUGCUCCCGGCAAUGAGGAACCUCCAUUUAGCUCUCCAUGAAUUAGGUAUCAAAAAAAUCCCCGUCUCCACCACAUUCUCCUUUUUUUCCACCAUUACCACCGCUUUCCCACCUUCCUCCGCCGAAUUCCAACAACCAGCCGGCGACCUUAUCAUAAAACCCUUACUCCAAUUCUUGGAAGAAACCAACUCAUCUUUCUUGAUCAAUCUCUACCCUUACAAUCUUUACCGUCUCAACAGCGAAAUCCCAGUCGGAUUCGCCUUGUUUCAAGACUACCCUUUCAAUUUCCGAGACGAUUUAGUCACCGGAGUCCGAUACUUCAACCUAUUCGACAUGAUGGCGGAUUCCGUUUUAACAGCAAUGGCGGUAAUGGGGUACGAAAGUGUUCCGGUAAUCGUAGCUGAAACCGGUUGGCCGAGCGGUGGAGGUGAAGCCGGGGAAGUCGAAGCGAAUGAAGCGUACGCCGAGAUGUAUUUGAAAGGAUUGGUAAGGCAUUUGAAAUCAGGGGUCGGGACACCAUUGAAGAAAGAUGGGGUAGCAGAGGUAUAUGUUUAUGAAUUGAUGGAUCAUGAAGGAGGUAAUAAUGAUAAUAACAAAGUAAAAGGGAGGAAAUGGGGGAUUUUAACAGAGAAUAUGACUAGGAAAUUCAAUGUAGAGAUUUCUAGUGGGGUUAAAAACUAUGGGUUAAUGGGGAUUUUCUUGUUUUUGAUUGCUAUUUUCUAUGCUCUGCCUUAG